ACAAAAAAGGAAAUCCAGUUUAUUUUUCAUGAUAAAAUCGUUGAGUAUAAAAGUUUUGUUUCCCAUGGAUAGAACAUUGAGUAAAGCCAUUUGCAUUGUGGCAUUUCCUUUGGUCAUCUUCCGCUCGAUACAGACGGAGCGAAGAUUCCGCAGCUCAAUGCUUCUCGUACAGACGGGUGACCAUCCCGAUUGUCUCACAAAGGCCGCGCCAAGCACGCCAGUCGUGAAGCGCCGAUACAUUUUUCGUUUAACAUAUCUCCUAUCCGCAAGUGUUGGAUACUGGACGAAAUACGUCACUGAGUUUUCUGCCACCUGUGGUCCGUUUCAGUUUCACAAUAACACCGCCGCGUUUUCCGCGCUUCCUCGGCGUCUUCGAUGAGCAGCGGGGGAGGAGCGGCACAGAUAAAACAAAACAUGCCGAAAAGAAGGGACGUCUUCGCACUCUUUUUGAUUUUGUUACCGUGGACUUUACUGAUCACAUUUUGGCAACAGCUUGCUGGCUGCCCAUUGAUUCCAGUUCCUAAAGAUAACAGAACUGGGGCCAGUAAAGCUAACCAAACUGGCUUUAGACUUCAUGAGUCUUGCAUCACUAUGAACAAGAGUAUCACUAAGGCCACCCAGAUUAAGUAUGUCUACCAGCGCCCUCCACCCUGGUCUGACACACUGCCAACUCUUCAUGUAAUAACACCAACCUACAGUAGACCCGUUCAGAAGGCUGAGUUGACCCGGCUCACUAACACCCUCCUACUAAUCCCCAACCUUCAUUGGCUGGUGGUGGAGGACUCGGUGCAGAAGACAGCGAUGGUGUCCAGACUGCUAGAGAACACUGGAAUGAAUUACACCCACUUGAACGUAGAGACGCCUAAGAAUCUCAAGACACUAAAGAAGCCCAGAAAUCACAGUUUCCCACGCGGCAGCAUGCAGAGGAACCUGGCUCUCAGCUGGCUCAGGGAACACAUAAAUCAAAACUCCAGUCAUAAAGGAGUCGUGUAUUUUGCAGAUGAUGACAAUACUUAUUGCUUGGAGCUGUUUGAGGAGAUGCGUUGGACUCGUAAAGUGUCAGUCUGGCCGGUCGCCCUUGUUGGAGGUCUCCGGUAUGAAUCGCCCAGAAUCAACUCUCAAGGCAAAGUGAUCGGCUGGAAGACGUUGUUUGACCCUCAACGACCUUUUGGCAUUGACAUGGCUGGGUUUGCAGUGAAUCUUCAGCUCAUCCUCAGCAGACCUCAAGCUUGUUUUAAGUUAAAAGGGGUAAAAAGUAAAUACCAGGAAGGUAGUCUGCUACAGGACCUGGUCACCCUCAGUGACCUGGAACCCAAAGCCGCUAACUGCACAAAGAUACUGGUUUGGCAUACCCGGACAGAAAGACCCUUUCUUGGGAAUGAAGGAAAAAAGGGAUUCAGGAGUGGCACCUUGGAAGUAUGAUGAACAACUUUCAUGAUGUUUUUAAACUCUAAGUAUCUGGAACAGAAGUAAUAAAACUUAUUGUUUAUUGCACUGA